AUGGAAAACGCUUCGACUGUGAGAUUUUCUAGCUGUCGAGGAGUUGCGUUUGAGAUUAAACCUAAUGCUAACCCUUUCGCAGUUGUUACAACUGAUCAGAACCGCAACGUAAACGCUGAACGCGAGGGAACGAGCAGCAGAUUUCGACUUCCAUGGGAUUUCAUGAGAAAUGCCUCAAAAGUUGUCCCUUCAUCGAUUGAACACUCCAUGAGCCGAGCCAGCAGCCAUUUCUGCGAUUUGGAUCCCGACAAUGACGAUGAAGAAGAAGAAAAAGAUGAUAUUUUCUACUUAGAAGAAGGUGGGAUCAAGGAAGGAAAUGAAGAACACAAUGAGACGGAGGAAAAAGCAAUGCUUGCUUCUUCCGCAAGCAAACACAGUGAGAAACCGCAGCAACCCCCGAUUCCAAAGAAACGCCCUUCAAGACUAUCAAUCAUACUUCUUGAUCAAGGACUGUUCACCGUUUACAAACAUCUCUUUGUCCUUUCAUUGUCUCUAAACGUCCUAGCUCUGGUUCUCGCGGCCACCGGAAAUUUCGCUUACGCUAGAAACAGAGCAGCUCUAUUUUCAAUCGCCAAUAUCCUUGCCCUAAUUCUCUGCAGAAGCGAAGCCUUCUUGAGACUCGUUUUCUACCUAACAGUAAAGCUUCUCGGACACUCCUUUGUACCCCUCCGCAUAAAAAUCGCUGUCACAGCUCUCUUACAAAGCCUCGGUGGUAUCCACAGCGGCUGCGGUGUUUCCUCGGUAGCUUGGCUCAUCUACGCAUUGGUUCUCACUCUUAAAGACAGAGACAACACUUCAACAGCGAUCAUAGCAGUUGCGUCCACGAUUCUCUCUCUCCUCUGCCUCACUUGCCUUGUUUGGGCGUUUGUAAUUCUAACGGUUUCCUACGACCCAAAAUCAAGAUCUUACACAGAUGAUCUCGGGUCGAAACUGAUCAAAACACAAGAAUUUUGGUUUACGCUGGUGAUCACAAUCGCUAUCUUGCUCCCUUGGUUAACCGUGAGACGUGUUCCUGUUGACGUCUCAUCUCUCUCGGGCCACGCAUCGUUGAUAAAAUUCAGAGGAGGCCUGAAAUCAGGGAUCUUGGGUCGGAUCAGUCCAUCGCCGUUAUCGGAAUGGCAUGCUUUUGGAAUAAUCUCCGAUGGGAAGACAUCGCACAUGAUGUUGGCUGGUGCUGUCGGCGACUUUACAAAGUCUUUAGUCUCAAAACCUCCAACGCAUUUAUGGGUCCGUACGGUUCACUUCGCUGGCUUACCCUAUCUCGUUAACUUGUAUGACAAGGUAUUACUUGUGCCACGGGUUCGGGGAUUUGCGUAUUUUUAUCGUUUCUUAUGCAACCGAGUAAGGCUGAGGUAUAUUUGAUAUGGGUGGCUAAAGGAUUAGAUGAUAAUUUCGGGUCGGAGGUUGUGAACAGGAUUAAAGAUUAUCCUCAUCAAGACAGGAUCAUAGUUCACGAUACUGCGAUUCUAGGACGACCUAAUGUGUCGAAAAUGAGUGUGGAAGCUUCCAAGAAGUUUGGAGCUCAAGUCGUGAUUGUUACAAGCAAUCCUGAAGGAAGUCGUGAUGUUGUUAAUGCUUGUAAAGCUUCUGGUGUUCCUGCUUUUGGUCCUAUUUGGGAUUCUUAAAUUGCUUUUUUGGCUGUUUGUUUACCAAUGAUGUAAAAUUUAAUUUUGAUAUUUCUCGUAAUAAAUGUAAUCUUAUCAAGAGUUGUGAUGACUUAGU